AAUCUGACACACUUCCACUGGCUGGAAUUUGCUUUCUAAAUCUCAUGGAUGAGGUUCGAAAUCCCCUCUUUCUAACUCCCCAUUCACCAUUUGCAGAGCAAUCCAUAUCCGGAAAGAUGAUAUGGAUUCAUUCAAACCAUGUCACAGUAGCAGACUUAGAGGCUAUCCGUUUCAAGCUUCAUUCUCCAGAAAUGGCCACACCCAUAAAUUCCUGGUCCAGUAUUUUUAGUUCCCCUCUCCCUUUUCUCCUCUUUUUAUCAAUUCAUUGGUUUUCUGUUACAUCAGGUUGAUGGAUUAGAUGAAAUGGUGAUGGGUUUCGCAUGCUGCCCACCUGUUUGUGAAAAUGUUCACGUGGGUCUCUACGUAUUUGUGCUUCACCAUUUUGGAUUAGGAUGUUGUUGAAUAGGAUACAGGAUGAUUAGUACAUCAUUAGUCCAUAAAACCAAUUUUUUUAUGCCCCAGGAGGAUUUAUCGCAAAGCCCGGAAAGGAAUUUUAGGUUGAGGGAGCAAGAAUGUGUCUCCCUGUCAAAGAAAUGCAAGAACUUGGAAGAAUUCAAGCAAGUCCAUGCCCAAAUCCUCAAGUUGGGCAUGUUCUGGAGUUCGUUCUGUGCAAGUAAUCUUGUUGCUACUUGUGCUCUCUCUGAUUGGGGCAGCAUGGACUAUGCAUGCUCGAUCUUUCGGCAAAUUGAGGAACCGGGUUCAUUUGCUUUCAACAAUAUGAUCAAGGGAAAUGUCAAUGAUAAGAACCUGGAAGAAGCUUUGCUGCUGUUUGUUGAGAUGCUUGAGUGUGGGGUGGAAAGGGACAAUUUCACAUACCCAAUUCUGCUCAAAGCAUGUGCUAAUUUGCCAGCCCUUGAAGAAGGGAAGCAAAUUCAUGGCCACACUUUUAAGCUAGGGUUUGAAACUGAUUUGUUUGUGCAGAACAGCUUGAUUAAUAUGUAUGGGAAGUGUGGAGAAAUAAGAAACUCUUGUGCUGUUUUUGAGAAGAUGGAGCAAAGGAGUGUUGCUUCAUGGAGUGCCCUUAUUGCAGCUCAUGCCAACUUGGGCAUGUGGUGGGAAUGCGUUGGGGUAUUCAGAAAAAUGAGCCGUGAAGGAUGCUGCAGGGCUGAGGAGAGUAUAUUAGUCAGUGUUCUCUCCGCUUCUACCCAUUUGGGUGCCCUAGAUUUAGGAAGGUGCACUCAUGGGUCCCUAAUGAGGAACUUUGAUGGACUCAAUGUCAUAGUGGAGACUUCCUUGAUAGACAUGUAUGCAAAAUGUGGAUGUGUAGAAAAAGGGGCGUCUCUCUUCCAAAGAAUGGCGAAGAAGAAUCAAAUGUCCUACAGUGUGAUGAUUUCAGGGCUGGCAAUGCAUGGACAUGGUCUGGAAGCCUUGAAGUUGUUUGAAGAAAUGCUCGAGAUGGGGCUUGAACCUGAUGAUGUUAUUCAUGUGGGUGUUUUAAGUGCCUGUAGUCAUGCUGGCCUUGUUGAGGAGGGCCUCCUACGUUUUCAGAGGAUGAAAAACGAGUAUCGUAUAAAGCCUACAGUUCAACACUAUGGGUGCAUGGCUGAUCUCAUGGGCCGAGCAGGGAUGCUAAACGAAGCAUAUGAACUUAUCAGGAGCAUGCCAAUGGAGCCAAAUGAUGUUCUAUGGCGAAGUUUUCUGAGUGCUUGCAAGGUUCAUCAAAACGUAGAAAUGGGAGAGGUUGCAGCCCAGAAUCUAUUCAGGUUAAACUCAAAUAACCCUAGUGAUUAUUUGGUGCUAUCAAAUUUGUAUGCUCAAGCUCAAAGAUGGCAGGAUGUAGCAAAGAUCCGAAAGGAAAUGGCCUGCAAGGGCUUGAUUCAAACGCCCGGUUUCAGCUUGGUGGAGGUGAGGAGGAAAGUGUACAAAUUUGUGUCACAAGACAUGUCUUAUCCCCAGAUCUAUGAGAUGCUACAUCAGAUGGAAUGGCAGUUGAGAUUUGAAGGGUAUAGGCCUGAUACAUCACAAGUGCUGAUGGAUGUAGAUGAAGAAGAGAAGAGGCAGAGAUUGAGUGGCCAUAGCCAGAAGCUGGCAAUUGCCUUUGCAUUGAUGCAUACGCCUGAGGGUUCCCCUGUAAGAAUUGUCAGAAACGUUCGAAUGUGUAGCGAUUGUCAUACGUAUACUAAAUUCAUUUCUAUGAUUUAUGAACGAGAAAUUACUGUCAGGGAUCGGAACCGGUUCCACCGUUUUAAAGAUGGAUCUUGCUCUUGUAGGGAUUACUGGUGAAUGAAUUACUGUUUAUCACAAAGCUACUUCGAUCCUCUCCGUCCAGCUUGGCAACAACAUUACCUAGAUGAUGGCGUACAUAUAUAUAUAUAUAUAUAUAUAUGGUCAUUGGUCAGAAGGUUCUUAAAACUGCAAUCUGUAACUUAAAUCCUUUUCCAGGCAGUGAGCGAGUACUCUUUUUGGAGUGCAAUUUUGUGCACCCCUUUUAACGGGCAUAACAUGACUCUCGUUAAUUUUGUGGAGCCCACGUCAAUUUUGAAUAGCCAAGCUCAUUCUCUCCCCUUUUCUUCUCUAGUAAGCCUCUUGUUGUC